UUCUUUGGAGAUUGCGUUGAAGUGGGGGGAGAGAGAGAGAGAGAGAGAGAGAGAGAGAGAGAGAGGUAUAGCGUUUUCUUUGGAGAUUGCGUUGAAGUGGGGGGAGAGAGAGAGAGAGAGAGAGAGAGAGAGAGAGAGAGAGAGAGAGAGAGAGAGAGAGAGAGAGAGAGAGAGAGAGAGAGAGAGGUGGGCUCAGUAAUGGGGACUUACUUAAAUACCUUGCAAGUUAACCAGCAAGACACAGAGCACUCAGCUGUUUGGAUUGACAAUAAUAUAGAUGGAUUGAAACUUCAACUGAUCUAACAAAUUGUCUGGUUGGCGUGUUCGCGUGUUUGAGGUCAGCAUGAGCGCGGACUGCACGAGCUACUACAACGCAGAGAAAGUGCUCGUAAACGAGUUCACGUGCCCUAAACCGGACAGCGAUGCACGAGCGCUUUUCUGUUGCGGCUUCAAUGACAUGAAAUACUGUUGUGAUGACCCCAACAGUUUUUUCCCAUAUGAGUAUGGAUACAUGUGGUGGUUGAGUCUGGGAGCGCUGGUUGGCCUGUCCAUAGCAGCUGUGGUCCUGCUAGCCUUCAUCAUCACGAUCUGUGUCCUGUGCUAUCUGUUCAUCGCAACCAAACCCAGAGGCCUGGACAACGGCCUGCCCCUCAGAGCACCAGGUGCUGAACCCAGUCCGCGAGAGGGGCCGAGUCAGAGUCACCCCAGCAGCGCCCCUACGGGUCCCCAAGGGUUUAAGAAGCACUUCCUGAGUGGUAAACUGGACUGUGACAACCAGCCUCCAGACCCAGACCGCCUCUUCCAGAGGUGCUUCAUGGCCACAGUCACCACCAUCAACGUGGAGGGGUCCUCAUAGACUGGCCUAGGCCCCUCAAGCCAGUAUAGACGGAGGAGAGGAAUAGAGGAUGGCUGUGUGAGAGGAGGAGAAGAUAGGAGCCUCAAA